CACACCUGCCAUAUUUUCAAAUAUCCGCUUGCGAACAUCAAUCAACAUGUCUCCGACUAUUGAAAGCGUUUAAAUUAAAAAUGGAGAAUUUCCCGUUGAAUUUCGUGGCAGAUUUCCUGACGCUGCAUAAUGAAUAUCGCGCCAAUCACGGUUCCUCUCCAUUAGAAAUCGAUGAUAAGUUGAACGAGCGGGCGCAGCAGUGGGCGGACACAAUAGCGAAAAAAGGCGUUCUCGAGUAUAGAUCGGAUCCUGAUUAUGGCGAAAACAUAUACCGAAGUUUCUGGAGGGACUUCCCUUAUCAGAUCAAACCGAAAGAUCCGCUGGAAAUGUGGUACGGAGAGGGUAACUAUUUCAAAUAUGGUGUGUGCGAUGUAAAAGAUUUGCAAACUGUGCGUCACUUCACUCAACUAAUUUGGAAGAAUACGGAAUCGAUAGGUCUCGGACUGGCCAACGAUGACAGCGGCAAAUUUUACUUCGUUUGCAUUUAUUAUCCCCCGGGCAAUGUUGCCGGCGAAUUCGUGGAAAACGUGUUACCACCCACUCAGAAGGAGGACGAGGAUCAGGAAUUGCCACCGGACGAGGCGAAGGACAUUCGAAAAAUCAAGUCGGAUCUGGACGUGGUGAGGUCUAUGGAGCGGAUAUACGCCGUACCAUCGGAAAAGCUGCGUGUCUGGUCUAUUUGGCUCACGAACAUCGGGGAAAUUGCCGACGAAUGGCAGAAGUGGUUACGUGCUCACAUCGAUUUUGUUGUAAGGCUCGCGGAAGAAUUGCAGAAGGCCGAUGAAGCCUUGAAACAGGAGGAGGAUGGGUACCAGCCAAGAAUCGAGCCGAGCGAAGUCGCGGCGGAGCAGGAAGAAGAAGAAGUUCCUGGUAAAGACGAGGAUUUCGAUCAAGGAAGUAUAGAGGCAACGAGCGAAAUUUCCCUGGCUAGAACACUUACAGAUGUGACGUUAACAGCAGAAUCGCGAGAGACUAUAGAAGCAAAAUCGAGGGAAAUAUUAGAAGAAGAAUCGGAAGAAACACCACCAACGAAAUCGAAAGAAACGUUAACAGCGAAAAGAUCAAACGAAGAAGAAUUCGCGAAGAUUUGGCCCAUAGGCACACCAUGGGAGCAUUCAGGAAUAAAGGAAGAGGAUGACAGCGAGCCGUUUGAACGACUGCCCUUACCGAGGACCGAGGAAGAGUUGAGAGAGUUUCUGAAGAAUUUUACGCACGAGGCGACCAUCUACCGAUCCUAUUAUAAACAUUGGAAGGACACUGCCGAUCUGGCAAUCAAGGAAGUCGGAGGUAGAUUGGUGAUAACAACGUUCCUGGUGCAAGGCUUGGACAAGUUUGGCAAAGUGAAGGGUCCGCCUCGUCCAAAACUAUUAGUGAGCCCGAAAUCUGUACGGAUUUCACGUAAGGGUAGAAAGCCUAGGAGAAGUGGGAAACGUGGCACGAAAUCCAGAGGGAUUUCUUUGAAUGAAAAGUCCGAGGGUGACUCGAUUUAUACGACACCACAUGAAUCAGCACCACAAACAGUCACGGUCGACGAGGAACAGGAAGAGCAAGAGAAACAGGAAGAGCAAGAGGAACAGGAAGAAGGAGAGGAAGAGGAGGAGCAGGAAGCUACGUCGACCAGGGAACCAUUGAAGGAAUCGUCAGAAGUAUCAGUGUCUGCAGAAACGGUGGAGAAAACGGCUUCGGGGACUGAUAGGACUACAGUGGACGAGUCGAAGAUUGCUUCUGUAAGGAGCCAAUUCGCAAUGGUGGAGGCUGAUGAUUUCGUGAAGGACAAUGCACGUUCUUCCGAGCCUGUGCCUUACAUCUUUUAUUUGAAAGCGGAGCCAGAUAUCGACGUAGCUAUAGAACACGAUGACGAAAAGGUCAUUCCAGCGGAUACGGAUCGCGAGCACAUCGUUGGCGCUUACAAGCGCCUUUUCUUCAACCUCGCAGACAAACCCUGCAAAGGAGGGAAACCAUGGAUAUAAAGAAAUUAUAGGAAAAUCGAUUAAAUGUCAUAAAAUUACACGCAAUAAUGAAAGAAAUUUUUGCAGCAACGCAGGUGCAGGCAUCGUUCGUGGCGCCAUUAAAUGUAAAUCGAAUCGAGCGAAAUGGUAAGCGAGUGUAAUCUAGUGGGU